AUGGAUAAGACAAGUGCGAUAGUGCUAACAGGAAAUAACUGGAACUUAUGGAAGUUUCAAAUGAAAAUAAUUUUAGAAAGUAAAGGGCUUUUUGAAGCUAUUAAUGGAGAUUUUCCAGUUGAAGUUGACACAGAGGAUGAGAAUGAUUAUUUAGAAAAAUUAGCUGAAUAUAGAAAGAAAGAUUUGAAAGCUCAAGAAGUAAUUGUGAGUCGAGUAGAAGAAGGUCCGAUGGCUCAUAUUAUCACUUGCGAAAAUGCAAAUGCUAUGUGGAAUAAACUGUGUUCAGUUUAUGAGCACAAGUCAGAAGUGAGCAUUUAUAUGCUACAAAAGAAGUUCUUCAAUUAUAGUCAUGAUGGAAAGGAUUUGUCUUUGUACAUAUCUGGACUUGAAGAAAUUAGGACUAAAUUAAAACAAUAUAAGGAAAAUAUCUCCGAUCAUAUGUUUAUGACCAAAGUCCUUAUGGGCUUGCCUCAGGAAUAUCAGCAUUUCAUCAGUGCUUGGGAGUCAGUACCAGUUGAAAACCAAUCAAUUAAUGAACUGGUAAGUAGACUGUCGAUUGAAGAAGAAAGAAUGAAAAAUAUGUCCAGAAAAACAGAAACAGCUUUAGCAAGCAAGAAAAUUUUGACACUAGAGACAAUCAAGUUGUUGAACAAACUGAAGGAGGAAGACCAAAACGCGAUAGAAAACUGCCUGCCUGGUUAG